AUGGUUGACAAAUCGAAGAAGCGAAAGAAGGUGACCAUAUCUGAAGAUAACAUGUCCACCCUCUUACGGAGGUACUCCGUGAGCACGGUGCUCGCGUUGCUGCAAGAAGUUUCUCAGGCGGCCGGAGAGAAGAUCAAUUGGGCUGAAAUGGUUAAGAACACAACCACCGGAAUUUGCAGUGCGAGGGAGUACCAAAUGCUGUGGCGCCAUCUCGCCUACGGCGAAACCCUAGAUCAAAUUGAGCCUGACUCAAAUCUUAUGGACGAUGAUAGUGAUUUGGAAUACGAGCUGGAAGCUUUUCCUGCUGCAGGACGUGAAGCUUCAGUGGAGGCUGCAGCAUGUGUUAAAGUUUUAAUUGCUUCUGGAUGCACAAAUGAUUCGAAUCUUUCAAACAACUCAACCGUAUCAACAAUUGAGGGACCAUUGACCAUUAAUAUACCAAAUAGCAAAGCUUUGUCCGUGCCUUCAGAUAGUUCACUUUUUGUCAGUGGUAGGCAGGGGACAAACAUUACGAUCCCUGUUUCUUUACAAAAGGUGCCAUCAUCUUCAGGGUUAUCUGGUGAAAAAAGGCCUGUCACUGAGUCAUCAGGAGUUAAUUUACCUCGAAGGAAAAGAAGGGGUUGGUCUGUGGAAGAGGAUCAGAAACUCACAGCUGCUGUGAAAAACAUUGUAGAACCAAAUUGGGCUCUUAUUGCGAGCAAGGAUUUCAACAACGACAGAAAACCAUCAGAGUUAUCUCAGAGGUGGGCCAAUCUCAAGAAAAAGCAGGCUAACCUAAAAUCGGGAACCACUUCACUCGUUCCUGAAACUCAACUGGCUGCUGCACAUCGAGCCAUGUCCCUAGCACUAGAUAUGCCAAUGGGUGACAAUUUGAAAGCAACUUCAGCUGGAAUGAAAUCCCAGCACCAACCUCGAAAAUCCUCUGGGCUGGCCGAUCAGCCAUUGGGAAGAGGAGGGGGUGGGCCUCCGAAACCUCAAGCACCGCCUAAACGACCUCCCACAAACCCGGGCCCCACACCUGACUCGAUGGUUAAAGCUGCUGCGGUCGCCGCCGGGGCCCGCAUAGCGUCUGCAUCCGAUGCCUCCUCCCUACUUGAGGCGGCUCGCUCUCAGAAUGUCGUCCAUAUCACGACUGGAGGCGGGUCCAUGAUGAGAUCGGGCCCGGCAGGCCUCAGCAGCCAACUGCCGAGCAACGUGCAUUUUAUCCGCAAUGGCCUGGUGAAGGCGCCAAUCUCUACGUAUUCACCUGCUAAGCCUAGUGUUCCGCGUUCAGUCGAACCUCAACACCCGCAAGGAGGUCAUGUUGUAAAAGCAGUGGCUCAGCCGAGCUUGGAAGGUAGUACAGCGAAAGAGGCUGCUCAAAGGAAUCAAGCUAGUGAUCGGGCUGAUGCAUCAGGGUCUGUUCGCGUAGAACGGGCAGUACCUGAUAGUCAGUCGGCUGGGUCGGUCAAUCGUGAAGUUGAAAAGCAAGUUCAAUCUGCCAGUAAUCAAGCUAAAGAUGUUGGGGUGGCUGUACUGACCUCGGGAAAAGAGGAUAAUGGUGAAAAGAAUACUGAGAACAAAUGUACAAGCUGA